AUGAACAGACGACACCAUCAACUCAUCAAAGCGGUACAAGGCGAAGUGUUAAUCUCCGUGGACAAACCACUCGGCGUGACGUUAAAAGCCAGAGGCGGAGGAAUCCCGGGCGUGUGCAUCGACAGAGUCGCCGGGAACGGCGCGAAAGCGGGGUUAAAAUCCGGCGACGUCGUCAUGUAUCACUCGUCCUUUUUCGGGGACGAGUUAUGGCCGGCAGAUCAGCUUGGAUUUUCGCGAAGCGCGAUAAACGCGUGUCCGAACACGGUGGAUUUUAUCGUGGUAAGAGGGCCGGGCGAAAAGGAGUUCGACGUGAAAAGGUUACCGAAAAGGCCAGCACCGCCAAAGUUUGGGAGGAAAAUGAGCGCGGCGCAAGCGGAACGAGCGUCGCACAUUUGCGUCGAUUGCGGUUUCGUGUACGCGUUGCCGACGCCGUUCGCGGAUCAGGAUAAGGAGUACUCGUGCCCACAAUGCUCGGCACCGAGAAGCAGGUUCGCGAAGUACGAUCCGGAAACAGGGAGAGCUGUUGGUGGCGGGUUGAGCACGCCGUUGGUGACGACGGCGGCGACGGUUGUUGGUUUGGCCGGUAUCGCGUAUUACGUCGCUCAAAUCUUGUAA